AUGAACUGGACGGCCGCGGCCUGCUGGCUGCUGCUGCUGCUGGCGGCCGCGCUCCUCGGCGACGGCGCCCUGGCCAAGGGCGGGCGCGGGGGCGCGCGGGGCGGCGCGCGGGGGGCGCUGCGCGGGGGGGCGCGCGGGGCCUCGCGGGGGCGCGUGCGGCCGGCGCCCCGCUACGGGGGCUCGUCUCUGCGCGUGGCCGCGGCGGGGGCGGCCGCGGGGGCGGCCGCGGGCCUGGCCGCCGGCUCCAGCUGGGGCCGCGCCCUGGAGGACGACGAGGACGCGGCGCCCGGCGGCAACGGCACCGGCCGCGGCGUCUACGGCUACCGGGCGUGGACCUCGGGCGGCGGGUCCACGGGCGCCCCGGGCCUCGGCCUGCUGCUGGGCGGCGCGCUCGGCGCCCGCGCGCUGCUGCGGCCCUAG